GCCUCAGAAAAAGAAUGCGCAGAUGACGAGCGCUAGACCGUACCGUUCGCAGGGAGGGGAAGAAACGGCUGCACGCCGCUGAUCCCGGAAGAGGGGACGGGGGAUAGAACGGGCUCCCCACCGGAAGUCCGUUCGCGAAUGUUGGCGGGUCUAUUUUUGUGCCGGAGGAGGCUUCAGCCUUCGCUAUGAGCACGUGCUCGGUUUCCAAGGGCUGCUUUGUAUUCAAGCCAAAUUCUAACAAGAGGAAAAGGUCUUCAGCAGCUGACUAUUUCAGUAAGGGAAACAAUGACUUGGAUAAUAGUGAGUUACGACUUGAUACUUGCCUGUUGUUAUGGAAACAAAUUAAAUCUGAAACAGCGCAACUACAAGAUGACUUGAAUAAAAACCUAUUUGAUAAUCUCAUAAAAUUUCUGAGACAAUCUCAUUUAGAUUUCAAGGAAAAGAAAGCAGAGUGGAUGUGUCGGAUGAAGUCCAAUGAAAUUCCUACUGCAGCUGUUGUUCUAGGUGUGAAUGUUACAGACCAUGAACUAACAAUUAAAAGUCUGUCUGAGGUUCUUCGAGAUGAUAUUACUCCUUUUGUGGUGUCACUGAAGGCCAAAGAAUGUCCAGGCAUAAAGCAGCUGCUACAAAAGCUGAUUAUACAGCUCAUGGGUUGUGAUACAGAGGUGGAUUCAUCUGAGGAAGAAGAAUGUGCCAAGGAUUUGCCCAGACGGGUACGCUGCUCUGUAGCAUCGCUUAUCGAUUGGUAUAAGAACGUAAUCAAAAAAACGGAUACUGAAUCUCCAUGUAAGAAGAGAACAUUUUCAUCCAGACACUGGGAAACUCCUCCAGUUGUUAUUAUUUUCAAGGAUAUGGAAAGUUUCACAACCAAAGUUUUGCAGGAUUUCAUAAUUAUGAGCAGUCAUUGUAUACGUGAAUUUCCACUGGUCCUUAUUUUUGGAAUUGCUACAUCUCCGAUGAUCAUCCAUAAGCUGCUUCCUCACACAGUGUCCUCUUUGUUAUGUAUAGAACUUUUCCAGUCUCUUUCUUCCAAAGAACAUUUAACUAAAGUGAUUGAUAAGCUACUUCUGACGAGUCAAUUCCCAUUCAAAAUUAGUGAGAAGGUUCUGCAUGUGCUGACAAACAUAUUUUUGUACCAUGACUUCUCCGUCCAUAAUUUUGUCAAAGGAUUUCAGCUGUCUCUGCUGGAGCAUUUUUAUUCACACCCUCUCAGUGUGCUAUGUUGCGAAGUGCAAGAAUCUGAGAAAAGAGUACAACUUUUAUCACAUAAGCAGUUUGAAAAUAUUCGAAGGUUGCCAUCUUUUAGAAGGUUUGUUGAAAGCCAGGAAGUAGAGAAGCAGGCUGCAUUGCUGACAGAUGACGAAUGUUUAAAGGAAACAGUACAAGCAUUGCUAAAAAAUCUCUAUAGUUACCAUGAAAAUUAUUUCCCAAUUUUGCGGUGUCUUCAUGCUUUCACGUCUUCUCUUCCAAAGUAUCCAUUAGGCAAACAAAUCAGAGAGCUGUAUUGUGCAUGUUUGGAAAAAAGCAUAUGGGAAAGAGAGGAAUAUGAGUCUGCCAUGCAGCUGGUGAGGAUGUUGGCCAAGGAUGAAUUGCUGGCUAUUCUUGAAAAAUGUGUGGACAUUCUUAUAUCCUCUUCUGUAAAGUGUCUUAGAAAGACUUUAGAAAAAUUGGAGAAAUAUGUGCAUCUACUUAAUAAUCUUGAAGAAGCCAGUGGUGAUCAAGAAAAAUCCAUAUCCUCACUGGACGAGCUUAAGAAGAAAACAGAUCUGUAUCAUCUUCAAAAGACUUUGUUGGAGAUGAAAGAGUCAAGGAGAGUAAAGAAACUAACAACAUUUGAAAUACUCCGUUUUGAAAUUGUUGACUUUAUAGAUGGCCUUGUGAGGAAUUACCUUGCACCCGCAGAGAUGCAAACACUACAUGAGGUGAUGUAUUUCAGUGCAGCUAAUACCCUCCAAGAGCAUUUAAAUGCCACCCCACGUGCUGCUCUUCACACUGCUCUCAACAAUCCAUACUUUUAUCUGAAGGAUGACUCCUUGCAAUGUGAUGCAGAAUCCCUUUCUGGUGCAGCUCCUGAUAUUUGUAUAGCAUACAAGCUGCAUUUGGAGUGUGGCAGAUUGAUUAACCUGGUUGACUGGCUGGAGGCUUUUUCAACAGUUGUAACUGCAGUUGGAAAUACGGAUUCCACAAUCAAAAACCAGACAGAUGACAUUAUCCAUGCUCGGUUCAUUAGAGCAGUAUCAGAACUGGAAUUUUUGGGAUUCAUAAAACCCACAAAACAGAAAACGGAUCACGUGGCAAGACUGACAUGGGGGAGGUUUCCACUUGCAAGACUACCAACUGUUCACGAACACUGCUGCUGGAGAAGAACAGACUUGGCAUUUCAGCAUGUAAACACUUUAAUUAAGCCUACCCCAACAGGUGUGUUCUUGAAGAUUUCUAACCCAGAAAGGAUGGCUCAAACUGCUGGAACACCAAAAUCUGUUCUGCAAGCAGUAUCUAUUCAGCUGGAUAAAUGUCAUUAAAAUGUAAGUUAAACUCAUUCUAGUAAUAAUAAUCAUUGUGAUUAUUUUGUGUUUAGAGAAAAACACAAUCUGACCCAAAUUCAAAUGCAUUCUUAUUCUAAAAU